GGAUUAUUUCCUUCCUGGAUUAUAUUUCCUCUGCCAGACUGCAUAGAUAUCUUGGAUCGAAGAGGGUUUAUUGUUUAGAAAAUGUCGUGCUUUCCCCGUUCCUUCAGGCUUCUCAACAGAGCUGUUAUCCGACCAGCACUGUCUUCUCCGCGAUUACCAGUAUGCUUGUGCGGGGCCAGAUGGUUUUCUUCAUCAAAGCCUGGCAGGAUCAUGGAAAUGAGUUGCUUCUCAUCUGAGCAAUUGAUGGUUCGAGACGCUAUAUCGAAGAUCUGCUCCAAAUUCUCAGAAGAAUACUGGGUAGAUUACGAUGAAUCCGGAGAGUAUCCCCACGAGCUGCAUGCUGCUUUAGCAAAAGACGGGUGGAUUGGAAUCGCACUUCCAGAAGAGCUAGGAGGGGCAGGUCUCGGCAUUUCGGAAGCAACAAUGGUGCUGCAAACGAUAGCACAGUGUGUGAUUCACGAAGCGGAGCAGGCAUAGCGGGAGCUCAGUCAAUCCAUGCCAAUGUUUAUGCGACACAGCCUGUAGCGAGAUUUGCUACUCCUGAGUAAAGAACACGGAUGCUGGAACCUCUCAUUUCCGGGGAGGUCAGAACAUGCUUCGGAGUGUAGUUUACCUCGGUUCCUUUCCCAUUAAGAUCUUCAGGAAAGUUGACCUGGAUAGAACUGAACCCAAUACGAGUUUAGAGACUCUGAAGCUACGUACCCAAGCGGUCCGCGAUGGAGACUACUACAGGAUUUCUGGACAGAAAAUGUAUGUCACACCGUCAGAGCAAUGCAAUAGAAUGCUG